ACCCCUCACCUUCUCUCUUUCGUCUCUCAUCCUACAGACAAACUCAAAAAAGUCAAGUCACAACGACUCCAUUUCCAUUACUUUUUGAAAAAAAACAAAACAAAACAAAACAGACGCAACGACGAUACACACCAUAGAAGCAUUAGACCAUUACAGGUCUAUCUAUCUUCCCGCUGAUUCCGCUGAUUUGUGUUCUCAUCUCAACCCCCCAUCAUACAACAAUUCUCUCUCCUCUCUACACCUUCCGCAAUUCUCGCACAAUUGAACAAAAAGCAGGAGAGAGAGAGAGAGAGAGCAGCUCUGUAAAGAGGGUUUUGGCCCUUUUGGGGGUAUAUAGCCCAUUUCCUCUCACAUCUUCACAGUUCGUGCAGCCACCAUUGCUGUCCAAACUCAAAACCCACUUCACUUGCCACAUUUCUUGAUCUGGGUCGAUCUGGGUUUGUCUCCAAACUCAACCAAUGUUUCUGGGUCGGUGACAAUUUUUUGGUUUUUCUUCAUGGGUUGUGUGACCUCGAAGCAGGCGGUGUCGGUGACCCCUGCUCUCGAUCAUUCCGGCGCCUUUCGAGACAAUGCUGCUGCGGGGGGCUCGGGGAGGAGCCGGGGAAGUGGGGUGGUGGACUUGGAGAAGAAGAAGAAGAAGAGGACUGACUCGGGGGUGAGUGAGAACGAGUUGGGUGAAUCAGGGAGGGUGAGUUCUAAUGGAGGUGGUGGCGAGUCACUGAGUUUUAGGUUGGGGAAUUUGCAGAAGUAUGUAGAAGGAGAGCAAGUCGCCGCCGGUUGGCCGGCAUGGCUCAGCGCCGUUGCCGGCGAAGCCAUUCACGGUUGGGUGCCUCUCAGUGCUGACUCUUUCGAAAAGCUGGAAAAGGUAGGACAGGGCACUUACAGCAGCGUGUUCCGUGCACGCAACUUAGAAACUGGGAGGAUUGUAGCUCUGAAGAAGGUGCGAUUUGAUAAUUUUGAGCCCGAAAGCGUUCGGUUUAUGGCACGAGAAAUAAUGAUACUACGCAGGCUUGACCAUCCAAAUAUCAUAAAACUGGAGGGCUUAAUUACCUCCCGAUUGUCAUGUAGCAUAUACCUUGUAUUCGAGUACAUGGAACAUGACAUUUCUGGACUCUUAUCUUCCCCUGACAUCAAGUUCAGUGAAGCACAGGUUAAAUGCUACAUGAAACAGUUGUUAUCUGGGCUUGAGCACUGCCACUCUCGGGGUACAAUGCAUAGGGACAUUAAAGGUGCAAAUCUUCUGGUAAAUAAUGAAGGAGUUUUGAAGAUGGCUGAUUUUGGAUUGGCAAACUUCUGUGGUACUGGCCCUGUGGGGCACAGACAACCUCUAACCACUCAUUUCAUCACUUUAUGGUACCGUCCUCCUGAACUUUUGUUGGGUUCCACGGAUUAUGGAGCCUCAGUGGAUCUCUGGAGUGUUGGCUGUGUAUUUGCUGAACUACUCCUCGGGAGCCCCAUCCUUCAGGGCAGAACUGAGGUUGAACAAUUACACAAAAUUUUCAAGCUUUGUGGGUCCCCUCCUGAUGAUUACUGGAGAAAGUCCAAACUUCCUCAUGCUACUCUAUUUAAGCCCCAGCAUCCUUAUGAAAGCUCUCUCGGGGAGACUUUCAAAGAUUUACCAAAAACGGCUGUGAAUCUGAUAGAAACUUUACUCUCUGUGGAACCAUAUAAGCGUGGAACCGCAUCUUCCGCUCUUGCAUCUGAGUAUUUCAAAACAAAGCCCUAUGCAUGUGACCCGUUGACCUUGCCAAAAUAUCCACCAAAUAAAGAGAUUGAUGCCAAACAUCGUGAGGAGGCACAAAGGAAGAAGCCUGGUGGGAGAGUUCGAGGACCUGAAACAAGAGCUAAGCUAACUAGAAAACCAAAUGGAAUCAAUAAAUUGGCACCGGCAGAGUCUUUGCCAGCCCAAACUCACAGUGCCCAAAAAAUCAACAGUCAUAAAGUAACUAUUCGUAAGGAAGGAGAUAUCAUCUUAGCGAUGGAGCCACCUAAGCCAUCAAUUGAGGUAACGGAAGAGGCUUCCCACGUAAAGCAUGCAUCUCAAGGGGAUGUCCCCUUUCCGGGUCCAUUACAAGUUUCAGGGUCAAGCGGAUUUGCAUGGGCAAAAAGGCGAAUAGAUGAAUCAUCAAUGAGAUCACGGAGUAGGUCUAGUUCAAGGAGCCUCAUUUUAGAACCUUCAGGUCCAUUGCAUGCAAAGAAUGAUUCCGAGUCAAAUAGGCAUGAAAAUGUCGAAGUUGUACUUGGAAGUCGCACUAGCUCUAGGGGUGAAGAUUCCUACGAGAUUGUCAAGCAUGCAAUGCUAAAAAAUUGGAGCCAAUUAGAACGUCCAGAUUCUUUCGAUGCUUCUGACGGGUACCACUCGCAAGAAUUGUCGUUGGCACUAUAUCAAAGAGAGGAGAUGGCAACUAAGAGGAUGAGCUUGGUUUAUCAGGAUCAAGGAGACAAGGUUGAGUUUUCAGGACCCUUGUUGUCUCAAUCACAUAGAGUCGAUGAGCUCUUAGAGAGGCAUGAGCGGCACAUCCGCCAGGCAGUUCGGAGAUCAUGGUUCCAAAGAGGUAAAAAACAUGGGAAAUGAUCGUAAGGUGUACUUGGGCUCAAGUCACUCGUUUAGAGGAGCACGAAGAUGUAGGACAAUUGCUAACAGAGCUAACAAACCCAACGCUUACACAAAUGAACUGUCAGUUGAAUUCAGUUGAAUGAAAUUUUCUGCAUGAGUACUGAAAAUUGGAUAAAAAAUGACUAGUUUGCAAAGCUCAGACAGAGGCCAUGAAGAGGAAGCCAUCGAUAGCUCAUUCUUUUCUUCUAGCAAAGCAUUCAGUUUUUUUCUAGGUUAUAAUAUCCACUACCUACUUGUUUCCCUCUCAUUUUCUCUUUUUCUUCUUUUUAAGCUUUUCAGAUCGACCAAUUCUCUCCCCGGCAAUGUAUAUAGUGCAUUUCAUAGGUCCUACGGAUGAUCUAUGUAUAUUUCUAUGGUUCAUGAGGCUUCUAGCAUCCGGCUUAUUUCUAUUUUCUUUCUUCUAUUUUUUUGUUGUGGUUUUUUUUAUUAAUGGCUUUGCUGUGGUAAAUAGUUCUGUGACAUUUGUAGGCAAUUUUACAAAUAAUGUUGAACCAUGGCAAUGGGUACA